AUUUCCCUCCAAAAAGCGGGCCUCCCGUCAGCAGGGCUGGGAGAUGAAUGUGACGUGGGAGAUGGGCCUAGGAGCGGGCCUAGUGGUCAGCAAGGCUCGGAAACCGCCCUGCUUGUCUUGCCCGCUUUGCCCCCCGCGGGGGGACUAGUUUGCCUCAGACAGGCAGGUAACGAGGGGCAUCGCAGAAGCGCCAGUAGCGGCUGCUACUGAGCAUGCGCACAGAGCACGGGCAUGCCCAGUGACAACUGAGGGAGCCCAAUCUGAUGGGGAGCAGAGCCUGGCACUCGGCAACCUUCGGCGGUUUCCGUGGGGGCCCGGCCGCCAUUUUCUCGUUGCCUCUCUCCGCUCGCUGCCUGCGCGGCUCCCUGCCCUGCUCGCCAGCGCUUUGUCUUGUUCGGCGAUGGACGGCAUUGUCACUGAUGUUGCAGUUGGCGUGAAGAGAGGAUCUGACGAACUUCUUUCAGGCAGUGUACUCAAUAGUCCGAACUCUAACAUGAGCAGCAUGGUAGUUACUGCUCUCUUAUGAGACAUAAGCCUCUGAACAGAAAAUAUUGACUAACUCCCACAUCUUGUCUGGUGAGAUCUAAUGGACAAUCCUUCCAGCUGUACCCAGAGCCAGGGAAUAUUUUUCCAGCUUUGCAAGCGAGAGCCAAUGGUAAUGACAACAAGAAAUUCAAAGCAGAGGAUAAAAUGGAUGGGGCUCCUUCUCGUGUUCUUCAUAUCAGGAAAUUGCCUGGUGAAGUGACAGAAACAGAAGUUAUUGCUUUAGGCUUACCUUUUGGUAAGGUAACCAACAUCCUGAUGCUAAAAGGAAAAAAUCAGGCUUUUUUGGAGCUGGCAACAGAAGAAGCAGCUAUCACUAUGGUUAAUUACUAUUCCGCUGUGACACCUCAUCUUCGUAACCAACCCAUCUAUAUUCAGUAUUCUAAUCAUAAAGAGCUAAAGACUGAUAAUACACUAAACCAGCGGGCUCAAGCUGUUCUUCAGGCAGUGACAGCAGUACAGACAACAAAUACUCCCAUUAGUGGAACUACUGUUAGUGAAAGUGCCGUGACUCCAGCUCAGAGUCCAGUACUUAGAAUAAUUAUUGACAACAUGUACUACCCUGUAACCCUGGAUGUUCUUCACCAAAUAUUCUCUAAAUUUGGUGCUGUAUUGAAGAUAAUCACAUUCACAAAGAAUAACCAAUUUCAAGCUUUACUGCAAUAUGGUGAUCCAGUAAAUGCACAGCAAGCAAAAUUGGCAUUAGAUGGUCAAAAUAUUUAUAAUGCUUGCUGUACCCUACGGAUUGAUUUUUCCAAACUGGUGAAUUUAAAUGUGAAGUACAACAAUGAUAAAAGUAGGGACUAUACUCGACCUGAUCUUCCAUCUGGUGAUGGGCAACCAGCAUUGGACCCAGCUAUUGCUGCAGCAUUUGCAAAGGAGACUUCACUUCUAGCUGUUCCAGGAGCGCUGAGUCCUUUGGCUAUUCCGAAUGCCGCUGCUGCUGCAGCCGCUGCUGCUGCUGGCCGAGUGGGUAUGCCUGGAGUCUCAGCUGGUGGCAAUACAGUCCUCCUGGUUAGCAAUUUAAAUGAAGAGAUGGUUACGCCCCAAAGUCUGUUUACCCUCUUCGGUGUUUAUGGGGAUGUGCAGCGUGUGAAGAUUUUAUACAAUAAGAAAGACAGUGCUCUUAUACAGAUGGCAGAUGGGAACCAGUCACAGCUGGCCAUGAGUCAUCUUAAUGGACAAAAAAUGUAUGGAAAGAUUAUUCGAGUUACCCUUUCCAAGCAUCAGACAGUACAGCUACCUCGAGAGGGACUUGAUGACCAAGGGCUCACUAAAGAUUUUGGUAAUUCACCCUUGCAUCGCUUCAAGAAACCUGGCUCAAAAAAUUUUCAGAAUAUAUUCCCUCCAUCUGCAACACUUCAUUUGUCCAAUAUUCCACCAUCAGUGGCAGAAGAUGAUCUGCGCACACUGUUUGCUAACACUGGAGGCACUGUGAAAGCAUUUAAAUUUUUUCAAAGAGAUCACAAGAUGGCACUUCUUCAGAUGUCAACAGUGGAAGAAGCUAUUCAGGCUUUGAUUGAUCUGCAUAAUUACAAUCUUGGAGAAAAUCACCAUCUGAGAGUUUCUUUCUCCAAAUCAACAAUUUAAAAUGGGAGAUAAAAAAUGAAGGCGUAUCACAUUGUUCAGUGUUGUCACCUAUUGACUGUUCAGGAGAGUGGGGACCAGAGUUUGACUUCUGUCUUUCAUGCUGUUAUCAUUCCUUGGUUGUUUUUAAAAAAAAACAUUCAUAAGAAAAUAAAAGCAGUGAUAUUAA